AUGACUUCGCAACGCUCUACGACGCCCGCAUCUCGCGAUGCAACUCCAGAACUACUGACACCGCGAUCGAAACUCAGAGCGUUGCUUGCGACUGUGGAUGGCAGUGACGACGAGGACGCGGUUCCGAUUGGCGUACUCAAUACAAAAUCCCCAAAGAGUAGCACAGCUGCCAGAGACAAUGCCGAUAGCUCAGACUCAGACUCAGACGUCCCAGUACGUCCACGAGGAAAGCUGGCUGGACGAAUGCAGGGCCCCUCGGAUAUAACCAAAGAACCGGAAACUACGAAUGGCGUGGAAACUGCGAGAGACCGCGUUAGACGGAUGCUAGAGCAAGAAAAAGAGCAGGCUGCGGAGGCGAUGGAUACUGAGAUGGCAGAUGCCGAAGAUGUCGAGGAAGAGGAUGAGCUACCCGCAGCUCCACGACGAUUGAAGCGCCGUCCUGCGCAAGACGACGCCACAGAUCUUUCAGCUAGAUCACCAAGCCCUGGACUUUUUGUAUCUUCGCCAGUACGCCCGUCACCUACAAAGGCGCCUCAGAACCAGCCAGAAUCCGAAGAAGACCUACCGACUGUCAAGUCAGAUCGUUUCAAAGCCCUGGUGGAACGAAAACGACAAGAGCGUCUUGCGAGAGAAGCUGAAGAAGAAGCACGAAGGGCAGAGCGCCGGGCUCUACAGGAAAAGCUUGCCUCCGAGCUCGAACAGCUGGAUUCCGGUGAUGAUGAUGGAGGUAUAACGGACGACGAAGGGGGCCGCAGACUGACGCAGGAAGCUCGUCCAACGAGAAAAGCUAGCAAGAAGGCCCUUGAAGAUAUGAAUCGCGAGACUCAGCGAAUGGCAAGAAACAUGCAGCUCGCCCACGAAGCCAAGACACGAAAGAAGCUCUCCAAAGCAAGUUUAUUUGAGCGUUUCAAUUUCAGGCCAGACGGAGAACCGAUGCCCGUGGAGCCUACAGCAAACAGUUCCAGCAGACCAGUAUCACCUCCAACCGAUGCGGACGCGAAUAAAGAUACACCACCCAGCUCACCCCCUGUUGGGGAGAAGCAGGAUUCCGUUCAGGUCAAGGACAACGCUGCGAAUCCUGACCCCAGCGUUGAAGUCGCAGAGGCCUCAAGCUCUACAAUCCUAGACAAGGGCAAAGGACCGGCUAUGGACGUUGAAGAACCAAGCAAGCCUGCAGAAACUAAGCGCCGGGUGCGAGUGAGAAUACCGGUUCCAACUAAAGCUGCCGCAGCAGACUCAGAUGAUGAACUGGAGAUUACGACUACAUCAAAAGACAGAAUGAAUGCUGUUUUCAACAACAUCCCGUUCCGGAAAGCGCAGGAUUCACACUCCAUGCUAGCCCUGCGAGCUCUGGCUCAUGUUACAUCACCGGGCAAAGAAAAUAAGCGCAAGAAUGAGCGAGAUGCAAUGACUCCCGGCGAAUUUCAGGCUAGUCUACUGCAAAAAGCGAGAGAGCAAGCGAGGUCCGAGCGAGACCGGAGACUCGAGCUGCUCAAAUCCCAGGGUGUGGUCAUCCAGACUUCGGAAGAGCGAGAACGGCAGAUGCAAGAAGUAGAGGAUAUCCUUGCCAAAGCUAGAGAAGAGGCCCAGCGAAUCAAGGAGGAGGAAGUAGCAGCUGAGAAGAAAGAAGGAAAAGAUGGCGGCGAAGCAGACCCUCUGGCUUGGGAUGAUAGCGACGACGAAGAGUACGAGGAAGACGAGGCAGAGGAUGAGGAUGAGGAUGAGGAUGAGGAUGAGUCAGAAGAUAUCAUUGCGGGAUCAGCCAUGUUUGAAGCCGAAGCGGAGGAGGAUGCAGCAUCUGAAACCUCAGAGGUCCUCCCUAAGCCUGAUGCCAAUGAGAUGGAAGGCGACGACGAUGAUGAAGGUGUUGAAAAAGUGACACCUAUGAAGAGAAGGCGUGCACGGAACAAGACUGCAGUUCUAUCUGAUGAUGAGGCUGAACCUGCUGUCGAAGCCACGCCGAAGUUGAAGAGGACUCCUAUUAGCACGGCGUUCCAGUCGCCCGCUGCACCGACAUCUGUGCUGCGAUCUGCCAAGAAGACGUUUAUUCCUGGCCUUCCUGUGGAGGGGCCUGCUGGCCUUAGCCUUACCCAGAUAUUUGCAGGAACUAUGGAUGAGAAUCAGAAGAGCCAAGACGAACCGACACAGUCAAUGAUGCCUGAUUUCGAUGAUUUUCCGGAUUCCAAUUUUUCGGCUACCAUGGAUGACAAUGCUGACGACAUGGUUCUCGACUCUCAACGCGAUGAAAGCCAAGGAGUAACUCAAGCUAUUCAGCUCAAUCUUGCACAGUCACAGAUGCAUGGCUUGGACAGCCUACUCCGGGAGGAAAUGAACUCUCAAAUCUCGGACAUGGUUGAGCUCUCUCAAGAUGGAGGGCUCCAGAGGUACACGCCCUUGAAAUCGAGGUUUGUUGAACCUCCGAAUUCUACCGUAGAGACCAUAUCAACAGACCAACAUGGCGAUGCGAUUCAGAGUUCUCCGCUUGUACGCAGAGGAAGGCUUCGACGAAAGAUGGAAAUGUCAUCUGUCGAUGAAGAUGCUGCUGUUCCCAUGAGUGGCGAAAAGGGGGGAGAGGCAGAAAUGACACCCACAAAAACUGCGUUCAAGGUUCUCCAAGAUGCUGCUACCGAGCAAAAGAAGAAGAUGCUCAUUGAAGAGUUCAACAAAAAGAAGAGCAAGGCGAAGGAGAUGGUGGAAGAGCAAGCCGAGGAAUCUGAGGAUGAGUAUGCCGGACUCGGUGGAGCGGAUGGCGAGGACAGCGACGAUGAGUUCGAUGCUUCUCUACAAGACAUUAUCGAUGAUGCGGCUGGCAAUGACGAGGAUGCUCGCAAGUUGGCCGCGUUUUAUGCUGAUCGGGAACGGAUAAAUGACGAAAAAGAAGUCGAAAAGCUGUACAAGGACAUCACAUCAGGCAUGCUUCGCCGUAAACGCGGAGCCGACUAUGACCUCUCCGACUCAGACGACGGUGGAGAAGCUCGACGGAGAAUGAAGCGCCGGCAGUUUGCCAAGAUGCAAAAGGCAUUAUUUGCUGAUGAGCGUGUCAAGAAGAUGGCUGAAAACCCUGGCAACCAGGCUUUCUUGCGCACCAUUGAGGACCGUGGCAGUGACGAUGAGAUGGACUUUUUAGAAAUUGUCGACGCACCGGCUUCGCAAGGAGAAGAGUCUCAGUCACAGAGCGAGCAGCUUGAACAACAGCCGCCGCGAAUUGUUCUUGAUAGCCAACCACGUAAACCGCUGGGCAGCGCUGGUGACAACAGGGCUCCGGCUCAUAUGAGACGAACAAAGGAUGGCAAGAAACCUUCCAACAUUGGCGAGGUUCGCGAGACACUCUCUGAUCUACUGGAGGAUGGGCGAGGCAGCUCUGUUAUUCCGGCCACAGUAGUUGGCUCAGACAGCGAGGACGAAGAAAGCCGGCCAGCAUCUCGGGGAAACAAGGAAAACCAAUCUCCUGCUUCCCGCCGCACCAGGAAUACCGUCGUCGAUCGCAUCAGCCUUAAGCGCAACGCAUCGUCUACCUUGUCUUCUUCCAACCGCCCUGCUUUUGCUGCUGCGGGGGCCUCAUCCUCGUCGUUCAAAGUCCCCGCUUCGCUUCUCCGCCGCGCGACUACCAACUCGUCGCUGUUGUCAACGGCUAGCACGUCGUCAUCCUCGACGACAGCGGCAGGUGGUUCUGGCAGUGGGUUCGGUGAAGAGGCCAAGAUCAAGAAGGGCGCGGGUAAGAAGAGUGGCAUCAACGGGUUCUCGAGAGAUAACGAGAAGCUGGCGAGGAUGCAAGAGAAUGAGCGAAGGAGGCAGGAGAAGAAGGUCCGUGGGGCGGAGAGCAGAGCGGGACUUGUUGGAGGAUUACUUGGUAAGGGUUCGUUUGAGUAG